GAUUGACAACGAUUCGUUAAAAUUUGCCACCUGUCAAAAUGGCUUUCGGCUUGUAUUCACUUAUAGAAGCCAUAAUACUGUGUUUAAAUGCAGUAUGCGUACUUCACGAAGAGCGAUUUCUCGCUAAAAUUGGCUGGGGAACAGACCAGAGGGGAUUUGGUGAAGACCCGAGUAUGAAAACUCAAUUACUUAACUUGAUACGAUCUAUAAGGACUGUGAUGAGAAUACCUCUGAUUGGAAUAAAUAUCAUGGUAAUUGGAUUUAAAUUAAUACUUGGAUAACAGGACCCACAUUUGUGACCAUGGAAUUGAUUAAUAUUGAAACCAAAAUGAUUUUGUCAGUUAUUGUGAUGUACUUGAACUUGAACUUGAUGAAGAAGAUAUGCAAUGGGAGCAACAUAGACCAACAUAUAUAUUCAGUAUUACAGGACAGAUUUUAUACAGUGCCACAGCAGUAAAGAUAGCAUUUAUACAGCGCCCAGCAGUAUAGACAGCUUUUAUACAGCGCCACAGCAGUAUAUACUAAGUACUGAAUGCAUGAUCGACUGGUAGUGUUUCACCAAGGAUAUUACUUAACCGUAUAGAAAAUACCGGUAGUUGUUACAAUUUUAAGGCCUAUGACUAAAUUUAGUAGACCUUAUUUCUGCUGUUGUUGCAUUAAGUGCUUAAAGUUCCUACAGGGAUAUCAAUUUUUCAUCAGUUUAGAUAUGUACAGUAUUUGUGUUAUAAAGGAAAUAUAAUCACAGUAGAUACAAGUGCUAAUUUUAUUAUCAAUAUUACAUGGUAAAUGAAAUCAGAGGAAAAUCAUCAUGUAGGGUUUAAGGAAAAUACAAAGUAGUAUGGUAUAUCAGCCAUCUUGAUAUGAUAGAAAUGAAGUGGGAAAGUUGCAACAAUUGUAGUCUAGUUUCCAAGCAGUACAGGGUUAGGGCUAGUAAUGUAGACACAACUGCAAAUACAGUAAAUAUAAAUCCCAUGCAAGAAUUCAAUCUCCUAUUCAUGUACAUUUGAACAUUUUAGUGUGAUAAAAUCCUGCUAUGUCUGAUUGUUGAUGCUGUCAAGAGCUAAGAUAUCCAGAUAGCAUUGCUUAAAGAUUGUAACUAUUUUGGGAUUAGGAAUACAUGAAGUGUGUAAAAAUGAUAAUGUCUUUUUUUGAGUUCAUCGUUUUUAGAAGCCAAUGCUUAAAGAAACUUAAAGUAGUCCCUAGUUUGUGCUGGUAAGUCUGCUCUUUCAUUUUGGUAUUCUUUUUAUCUCCUGUGACUGAUAUAUGUUAAGUGAACAAGAUGUGCCUGUAUUGAGUAACCUGUAACAGAAAUCCCCAGUACAAUGUCUGAGGAAUACACCCUUAACUUAAGUGUAGUGCUAUAAUAUGUAUACUUGUAUGUGGAUGAGAAAGUAUGACUGCAUUGGUGUCAUUGAAUAAAAUAAUUCUUGCCAUGACAGUCAUUUUUUUGAGAAUUUUUUUCAAAAAACCAAAAUUAUAAGCUUGUAAAAUCUUAUUAGGUGAUCAUAAGGCAGACAUCAUACGAGUCAUUUUUAGUAACAUACCAUAACAUAACAAAGAAAAUAAUUUCACCCUAAUGUCUAACUUGUACUUUUGUCCUUCAGCUGCUCAAAAUGUCAUUUGAAGUCACUCCACCUAUAUUUCCACUACUUAUUUUGUUUCCCAUUUUAACGAAAUUUUACGUCUGCCUGGCACUACCUGUGUCCCCUGAAUGAAAGUUUACAAAUCACUGCAUUAAUUUUGUUCAGGAAAAAAUUAUUGUUAUCACUGUCUUACAAAUUUGAUAUAUACUCUUCAAGUAAUCUUAGAUGUAUGUCGUAAAACUUAUCCAUACAUAUGCUUUUAAUGCAUGAACUUGAAUAGAUAUAUGCUGUUGGUGUGCAUGAUUUAAAUUGGCGUCCCUGUAUUUUACGCGAGUGUAUAAUUUGAGUGGAAGUGAUAUGAUCACAAGUAAUCUUUGCAAGAGAGAAAAUGUUCAUAAUUACCAUGAAAAAUUUCAUUAUAUGUGAUAUUGACUGUUUUGUAAAUAAAGUAAUUGAGAUUAA